GCUCGGCGGGGUGGUGUGGGAAGAUGGCGGCUCUGGUGUUCCUCAUCUCUCCGCUGCCGCGCCUUGGUGGGCUCCUCCAGCGCUGCUGGGGGCGGCUGGAGCGCGGCCUCCUGCCGGGUUUCUCCGGGGGUCAGAGCCCGCCCUGGGGACCAGCACUAGCUGUCCAAGCUCCAGCAUUCCUUCCAGAGCCAGUGAGGGACACUACAGACAGUAAGGAGGUGCCCAGCCUCUUAGAUAGCAUCCUGUGGAUGGCAGCGCCGAAGAAAAGGCGCACCAUUGAAGUCAACCGCUGCAGGCGAAGAAAUCCCAAUAAGCUUAUAAAACUAAAGAGGAACAUCGAUGUUUGUCCUGAGUGUGGAAAUUUGAAACAGAAGCACGUCCUUUGUGGCUAUUGUUAUGCAAAGGUAAAAGCAGAAACUCGACUGAUACGGAUGGAAAUGGGUAAAAAGGAAGGAGGACCAUUUAAUGCUCCGACUGUAGAGACUGUUGUCCUUUAUGAUGGAGAAAAACCCACAGAAAAAGAUGAAGGCAAGCGGAUCAUUGAAAGGCCCAGGAAGCGUCCAUCUUGGUUUGUUCAGAACUAAUGCUUACAAAAACAGUUAUUACAGUAGGAAAGAUGGUGUUUUUCCAGAAUGUUUGCCUCGUUUUGUUCACUCAAUGUUGAUACGGAAAACCUGGGAACUUUUGGGAAUCCUGCUGACAUCCUGUGUCGUGCCAUACGGUGUUGCAGUCGGGUGGUGUUUCUAUAGCAUGCAGUGGGAAAUGCUUCUCAGUGAUACAUCAUAGCAAUCAGCAAUUAAAAGAGAAACGAGGAUCUACCUUGGGUUUGGACAUCUGCGUACAACACACUGAAUAAUUUGUUUCCUACUGUUCUAUGCUGGUUUUGUAAAUAACUUUUUUUUUUUUUUUUAAGAAAGGGAAAACAUUCAGAGACGUAAAAUAAAAUAUGUCAAGUUUCCCAGGGAAA